GAUGAUUGCUGCCAAUAGGUCUAUUAAUAUCUGAACCGAGAAAUUGGAUUUUGCCUUAGCUUCCAGUAAGAUGUGAUUGUAAUGUUUGUGUGAUACAACAGCGAUCUGCACAGACAGCAGUGGAUGACUGUGAGAUGAUAUUUACUCAACUGAUCUCUGAAGUAACACAACUGAUCAGAGAUCAGGAGAAAACUGCAGUGAGUCGAGCUGAAGGACUUAUGGAGGGACUGAAGCGAGAGAUUGAAGAUUUAAAGAGGAAAGAUGCUGAAAAAAAGACGCUUUCACAAACACAAGUUCACUUUCCGUUUCUUAAGAGUUUCCAGUCUCUUUCUCUCUCUGGAUCUACAGAAAACUUCAAUAUCACUCCUGACGUCUCUUUUGAUGCUGCUAUGAAAUCUAUCACUCAGUACAGAGAGAAACUGCAGCGUUUCUGCAUAGAAGAGAUGAAGAAGAUUUCUGUGAAAAAACCCCAGAUGAGUUUGACCCCUGAACCCGAAAACAGGAGGGAAUUCCUACAAUGUUUCCAUAAGUUCACUAUGGAUCCAAACUAUAAUUACCUCAAACUGUUAAACUGGAAACAAGAGGCUACAUAUGCUGAUCCACAGCUGCAGUAUCUGGAUCAUCCAGACAGAUUUUACACCUGGACCCAGGUGUGGUGUACAGAAGCUGUGAAUGGCCGCUGUUAUUGGGAGAUGGAUUGGAGUGGACAGGGGAGGUCAGGUGUGGGUAUAGGAGUGGCGUAUAAGAGCAUCAGUAGGAAAGGAAAUCAUCUUGAAUGCGCAGCUGGACGAAACGAUCAAUCCUGGAGUCUUUACUGCUGUCCAAAUUAUUGUUCAUUCAUUCACAAUAACAUGGAGACGAUUGUUUCUCUUUCCCCGACCAGCCGUAGAGUAGGAGUGUAUGUGGAUCCCAGUGCAGGAAUAUUAUCUUUCUACAGCGUCUCAGACACAAUGACCCUCAUUCACAGAGUUCAGACAACAUUCACCCAUCCUCUCUAUCCUAUGUUUGAACUUGAUGAACACUCAACAUUAGUACUGUCAUGUAACAUUGUUAGUGAUAUAGAUAUUCUGGCUGCAUUAUUGUCAUUUUAAAGUUGCAAGAUUAAUCCCUAAAAGGUCAUUCACACACUGAUUUUUGCCAUUCAUCAGAUCAGUGUCAAUUCUUACUGUUUAUACUAUAAAUUAAAAAUAAUGCCAGCUGUAAUGAUCAAACUUUCACAUGGUUUUGGUUGCAUAGCAGUGCAGGAUUAAGAGUUGAUCAUGAGAAUUAAAUGUUAAUGUCUUUAAAGCUCUUUAAAGAAAUCAAUCAGGUAUUUAUACAUUUGGUGUACAUUUUUAACUAAUCUCAUAUUUAAGUUUAAGAGUCAAAACAAUCAUUUUAGGGUGAACUAACUCUACAAACCUCAUGUAACAUUUAAAACUGCUAAAAAUGCUGUUUUGAUGCUACUAGAUCAUACAGCCGCUUUUGAUACAGUAGAUCAUGAUGUACUUUUUUGGUGUUUAGAGCAUUUGAUUGGUAUCAAGGGUGUCACCUUACAGUGGUUCACUUCAUAUCUUAGAGACAGGUCCUUUUCUGCAUCAUUGGGCAAAUUCCUUAGCUCUUAUUAUUAGUGGUGUACCUCAGGGUUCUAUCUUAGGCCCACUCCUCUUUAAUUUAUAUAUGCAUCUAUUGGGGGAUAUUAUUAGAGAUUUUUAUAGACUUUAUUAGAGAAUUUAUACACUGAUGAUACUCAGUUGUAUAUUCCUUUGUAAUGAAUAGUCAAAAUCUGACAUGAAUCUGGUUGUACAGCAGUAAAUUGCAAUUUAAUAUUUGCGUGAUCAAUACACAUGUAGUUAGCAUUAAGGAUUACUUCAAUUUUAGUUUAUGCUAUGUUUUAUUUUUUUUAUCAAGUAUUGUGUCAGUUUGCAGUUUUGCAUCAGUUGAGAGUCAGCUGUGUCAGACAUGAACCAAUCAAGUUUUGACACACAUCACAGAUUUAUUUGAAUCCCCACACUGACUUUAACUUCCACCUCUCAGCUCCUCCAGAGAUCUGUCAUCAUCUAAUCUGAGAUGUUUUCUGAUUGUCCUCAGUGAUUUAGCACUGUAAAUGAAUACAUUGUAUUAAUUCUUUCUUGUGUUUUUGACUUUGUUUACAACCUACUUUUGUGAAAUUUUGCGAAUUGUUCAAUGUAUUUUAUGCAUGAUUUUCUGGAUAUGUUCAUCAAAAAUUAGGUUUUGAUUUGUUUCUGUCCUUGCUCUAUCCAUGGCAUAGAUGCCCAGAAUAAAACCCAAUCUAA